AUCUAUCUGUUACGAUCCAUUUACUUCUUGAUCGUUCGAUUCCCGCCCGUGGCCGAUUUUGCCAAAGCAGUCGAUCUACGUGGCUGUAUGUACGUUGUACUGAACGAGAUUACCGAUCCGAACAAUGUGAGUAUGUACCGGGCACGGUCGAAAGCAGAUCAAACUCAGCUGCAUCGGAUAGUCCCCGCUACGGACCCUCCGAACGAAAUUAGUCCGGACUAUCUGAUGGUCAAAUUAUUGAUAGAUUUUCUAAACAGUUGA